AUGGGUACAGAAAACCAAACCUAUCUUACUGAAUUAAUUUUGCUGGGCCUUUCUUCAGACCAGCACACUCAGAUCCUGCUAUUUGUUCUGUUUGUCAUCAUCUACCUGCUGACUGUAUUUGGAAAUAUGCUCAUCAUGGUAUUAAUUCAUAUUGACUCUAGACUUCAUACGCCAAUGUAUUUUUUCCUUAAAAAUCUGUCAUUUAUUGAUCUCUGUUUCUCUACAAUAAUUGUUCCACAGAUGUUAGUCCAUAUGUUAGUAAUAAAAAAGGCCAUUUCUUUUGCUGGGUGUUCAAUUCAGAUGAUUGUUUUCCUAGUAGUUGCUGCUACUGAAAGUUCCCUCAUAGCAGUGAUGUCCUAUGAUCGCUAUAUUGCUGUCUGCAAACCCCUUCAUUAUCCCACUAUUAUGACCCACAAAAUAUGUGUCCAACUGACCAUAGGAUCUUGGGUCAGUGGAAUAUUUGUAUCUCUAGUAGAUUCAUCAUUUACAUUAGGUGUCUCAUACCAUGGACAUAAUGUAAUUAAUCAUUAUUUUUGUGAACCACCUGCACUCUUAAAGUUGGCUUCAGAAGAAACCUACAACGCUGAGAUGGCCAUCUUUGCAAUGGGCGUGCUAAUCCUCCUUGGUCCUGUCUCCCUCAUUAUUUUCUCAUAUUGUAAUAUUAUCUCCACUGUGAUUCGAAUCAAAUCUGGGGAUGGGAGACGCAAGGUCUUUUCUACCUGUGGUUCUCAUUUCAUUGUUGUUAUCUUUUUCUAUGGCUCAACAAUAUUUACCUAUAUGCAACCAAACUCUAAGAAAAAGAAUGAGGGGGGUAAGGUGAUUUCAGUGUUCUACUCUGUUAUGACCUCUAUGUUAAAUCCAUUCAUUUAUAGCCUGAGGAAUAAGGAUGUAAAGGAUGCAUUCAGGAAACUCUUAGAAAAACAAAGUCUUUGA